UCAAUAUUAAGGUUGAUCUGGAAGAGAAAGAAAUGCGUGGUUCAGGCUGGACCUUGCAUGAAAUUCUACAUUUGGAAAUAAAUAUAAACGACUCUGUACCUUUACGUGGUGGUUCAUCAACUUUUAUUGAAACUUUUAUUUGAAAAUCAGUUGUAAACGUUAUAAAUUAUAAAGAUAAUUAUUGUUUUAUUUGGAGUGUGUUAGCUGCCAUGCACAAGGUUCCACAUCCAAACAGAGUCACCUCAUAUGAAAGAUACAAGAAUGAUUUAAAUCUAGAUAGAAUAACAUUUCCAAUGAGUUGGUGUAAAAUCAAACAAUUCGAAAAAAAUAACAAUUUGAAAAUAAAUGUAUAUGGAAUUGAUAACACUGAUGAUUUACAUGAUGAAUCUAAUGAUGAAGGAGGUGAUAGCUUCGAUGAUUCAAAUGGUACAAAUAAGAAAAAAAAGAUAUGUCAGCGAAGGAUUAUUCCAUAUUAUUUGGGUAAUAAUGAUGCAUCAAAUCAUCCAACAAUUCAUCUUUUAAUUAUUGAAAAGCCUGCGAAAAAGUUGAUGGAUUCCAAGAUGAAUCAGCAGAUGAAGAAGAAGAAGAAGAUUAUGAAGAUUAUGAUGAAUAUGAUUUUAAUAAUAUUACAAAUAAAAGAAAACUUGGUGAAUUCUCGAACCAUCACUUUGCAUACAUUAAAAAUUUAUCUAGAUCUUAAAAAAUCAAUUGAUUCCCACAAUACUGCAUGUAGAGAAAAGAACCAAUAUGCAAUGAAGAUGCCAACAGAAAAAAACAAUAUUUUCAAGUUUAAAAAUUACAAAUACCAGCUUCGAGUGCCUUAUGUAGUAUAUGCUGACUUGGAAAGUAUAUUAGAAAAAGUAACAGAUAAUUCUAAUAAUUCAUUGAAAAAAACAAUUAAACAAAAACAUAUUCCAAACAGUGUAGCAUAUUAUGGUAAAUGUUCUUACGAUAAUACGCUUUCUACAUUUAAAUUAAAAAGAGACAAAAAUUGCAUUGAAUGGUUUAUUAAAGAACUUGAAGAGCUGUCACACAAGAUUGAUAAUAUACUAGAAAAUAUCAAACCGAUGAAUCUUACUUUUGAUGAAGAAUUGCAAUUUUUUAAUGCAACAAAGUGCCAUAUAUGUAAAAAAUUGUUCACAGCGGAAAACAUUAAGGCACGUGAUCACUGUCAUCUCAGCGGGGUGUAUAGGGGACCCGCCCAUGUUGCGUAUGUAUAA